UCAGCGAUGGGCGGUAUGGGUCGGGCCGGACGUAAGGGUGGAAUGGGAGGCAUCUUCGGUAUGGGAGAGUCCACCGCCAAACUCAUCAACCCAUCGGAGAUUGGCGUCAAAUUUAGUGACGUCGCCGGCUGUGAAGAGGCGAAGGUUGAAAUCAUGGAAUUCGUGAACUUCCUGAAGAACCCGCAACAGUACCUCGAUUUGGGCGCUAAGAUACCGAAGGGGGCGCUACUGACGGGCCCUCCCGGCACAGGCAAAACACUUCUUGCCAAAGCCACGGCCGGCGAAGCGAACGUACCCUUCAUUACAGUAAGCGGUUCUGAGUUUCUGGAGAUGUUUGUCGGAGUCGGGCCCUCACGAGUGCGCGACAUGUUCUCAAUGGCCCGAAAGAACGCGCCGUGUAUUCUGUUCAUCGACGAGAUUGACGCCGUCGGUCGCAAACGCGGCGGCCGUUCGUUCGGC